CUGGCGCGCCACGGUCAAAAAUGGCGGCGGCCGUUAGCGCCGGGUGGCUUUUGUAAUUCCACGGCUCUACGCUUCCCGUGCAAAAUGUGAAAGGCGAAAAGGCUGGUGGAGGGGGUCCUAGGCAAUGAGUCGGCGAAGAAAGCUUGGGGACAGCCCUGGCCCGAAGAACACGCCGCGCCAAGCGGCGGCGGCUGAGGAAUGCAGCUCGGUGGUCGAGUCCGGGAAGAGGCGGCUGCGGUCGGCCCGGGGAUCGGGGCUCCGCGGGGCCGGAGGAGAGGGGCCUCUCCCGCCCGUGCCGCAGCCAGAGCAGCCUUCAGUAGCCGCUUCCUGCGGAAAGUAUGAAACACCAAAGAGAGUGCUGAAAAUGGAGUUGUUGUCAUCUACCUUCAAUUCUCCUAAUGAUCCAGAUGGCCUAAAUGAUAUAUUUUGGGAUCAGAAUUCUCCAAUGACCAAACAGUUAGGUAAAGGAAGGAAAAAAAAGAUUUACAACACAGAUAGUGAUGAGAUCUCACAUAUUGUUAAUUGUAUUGCUCCUCAGGAUGAAAAACCAACAACAGACUCCAUGCUGGGCGUGUGGAUUGGUGAAACUGCUAUUCCUUGUACUCCUCAUGUAGCGAAAGGAAAAUCAAGAGCAAAAGUCAGCUGCACAAAGUUAAAAACACAAAAUCAAGAGGAAGAACUUAUGAAAUUGGCUAAGCAAUUUGAUAAAAAUAUGGAAGAGCUAGAUGUGAUUCAAGAGCAAAACAAGAGAAAUCAUGAUUUUAUCCAGAUGAUUUCGGAAGCAGAGACUUUAAAUAAUUAUAAAGAUAAUGUACAGAUGCAGUUAUUACAUGAGAUAGUUCCUGAAAUAGAUAAUGGUAUAAUAAAGAAGCCAAUGAAAGAAAGCACCAAUGUAUCUGUGGUAAAUGAUCAAUAUCACAGUCAGAAGCCAUUUGACCAAAAUGCUGAAGCAGCUUUUAAUGCCAUUUUUGAUGGUUCUACUCAGAAGUGUAGUGGACAGUUAAGCCAAGAUCUGUCAGAUGCCUUAUGGAGCACUGUUAAUACUACCUUUGGAAAGAAAAGUGCUUUGAAAGAGGAGAAAAUCAUUAGUAAUGAAACUCAAGUUACUGAAAAACUACGAAACAAAUCCCCAACAUCACUUUCUCAUCAAAUAGAUACUCCUGGAAUGACAAAAUCAUAUGUGACUUCCAGUACUAAGGAGCCAGAAGCUUUUAAUAAGCACACGGAUGUAUUUACUACUGGUGAUUUUGAGGACGAAUGGGAAAACUUACUAAAUAAUGAACCUUUUGUUACACAAAAUGUAGAAAGAUCUGAACUUUUUUCUGCUCCUGAAACAGUCCAGAGGGUUGAUCAAAAAGACAUUUGUAUAUUUAAUAGUAAAAAUGGUAAAAGUAACUCAAGAAUGAAUAUAAGUCUAGAUGCUGAGUUUAGAGAUUCAAAAAUUGUAGAUGUUUCUUCAAACAUACAUACCAAUGAAUUAAUAGAUGCUAGAAAAUACAGAUUUUUACCAAAUUCAAAUGGUAAACCAAACAAAUUACAAUCCAUUGGAAAUAAAGUGAAAUUUGAGAAAUCUUUUAAUAAAAUCAUUCAAGGCAAAACUCAAGAUAGUGCAGUUGCAUCCGAUCCGACAAAAGUAAAAGAAGUUAUUCAAACUAAAUUUAUUUCUAAUGUAAAUACUUCUCAAAAAAAGUCUACUUUGAACACAGGAUAUUCUAAUGAACAGAAAAAUAAGUCAAUUUUUAAUCAGUCAUUUAAGACGCCUGCUAAUAUAGUUCCUUUUGACUCUGCUGCUUUGGACAUUGCAGAUCAGACUAAUGGAUCAAAUACGGAUUCUUUCUCUGAUGAUUGGAAUGACCCAUCAUUUGCCAAUGAAAUUGUGAAAGCAUGUCAUCAAUUAGAGAAUACCUGGGAAGAUGAUGAUGUAGAGGAUGACCUAUUAUACCAAGCAUGUGAUGAUAUUGAAAGACUAACUCAGCAGCAAGACAUGAGAAAGGACAACAAGACAUCAGAAAGUAUACUUGACAUUAAUAAUAGUUCCAAACAUGGAGCCAAAAACACAUUUACUACAUCUAAACAAGGAAGUCAGUUGGUGCAAUCAACGUAUUUGAAUCUGAGUGAUAUUUCAGCACAGUCAUCAUCGACUGGUAGCUCACAAAUAAAUAAAUCAGUGAAGAUGCAGAAAGGGGAAAUUUGUGGAAAUUCUCCAAGUUUUAUAGGUGCGACAACAAAUUUGACUAUAUACUCUAAGAACUCAAGUUGUCUUAUCAAUAAUUUGCCUGUCUCUUGGAGUAAUACUGGUGUUCCAGUAGAAGUGAAUAGUUCCAAAUCGGUUCUUAUAAGAAGUUCAAGUUUGAAUGUGAAUUCAGAUCAUAUGAGUACAGAAAUAGCUACUUAUAAGAAGAAAUUGAAUAGUCGGCCUCUGUUCCAUGGGACCAUAACAGAUGAAGCUCAGAAUGAUCUUAACAGAACAGUUAAGUUUUCUAAGUACAGGUUUACAAAGAUCAAAAAUUCUCAGAUUCUUUCCCAGAUUAAUCAAAAUUGUAUACCAGAAAGCAUCUCUGAUUCCAAAAUUACACAGAGUUUGGAGAAAAACAAAAUUCCUGUCAACUCAUUAUGUGGGAAGGCUGUUCAACAGCAAUCUUUGAUGAAACCUGAAUCUUUGAAACUACCUUCAAAAGGUCUCAGUUUAAAUAUUACCUACCCUCGCACAGAGGCCUUCCUUGAACAAUCUGUAGGUGAGUCUUUUCCUUGUAAUUUUCCAUCAUCGCUUAUUUCCUUCACCUUUUAAAAUUACAAUUAAAUAUUGAUUACGAUCUUAUCAGUGAGUACCUUGGCCUACCACAGUAUCUGACACUUAGAAGAUGUUUGAUAAAUAUUUGAGUGAACAUCAUGUAAUAUAAUAUAAAAGGUCUGUUAUUCACUGAUAGCAUAAUAUUUUUUUAAAAGGGAAUAUGUCUGGCCUAACUACUAGUACUUCUUAAUGCCCAAUACUUGAUCAUAGCCUUCCGUCUGCAGAUGCUAUUUCCUUUGCCCGGAAUAGUGCACCCACAUGUCUAUACCAAAUCUGCCAGGCCAUUUUCCAUUUGCUUUUAAAAAAUACAAUGUGUUUUUAACCACCUUCAGAAUGAUUUACAUUCACUUUCUCUGGCUUACUCCAAUACCCGGUGCUAAUUUCUGUUACAGUAUUUAGUAUACUCACUUGUAAUUAUUGAUUUUCUUAAAUUAGUCUCCCUCACUUGGAGCUAACAUUAGACUCCUUACUUGUUAUGUAGAUUAGUGCUAAUAUGAGAAAGUUUUUCAUUUCUUUUAACAUUAGAUCUUUGUUUUCGGUUUAGAUUCUAGAUAAUGUUUUUGUUGGUAUUACUGUUAAAAUUUUCCUAUUUAAGUCAUCCCUCCGCUUUAAAAAAAAAAAAAAUUAUGUAAGUCCUCUAUUUCUCCUUUCCCAUACCAUUUCCCAGGAAAAGGCACUGGUAACAGUUUGGAAUACAUCAUGUAACAUUUUUGUGUGUGUAUAAAAAUGUGUGUGUGUAUACCUAUAGAUUUAUCUAAAUAGAUGGAAUUAUAUACUAUAUACCCCCUAUUUGGCAACUUGGUUUUACUUUCACUUAAUAUAACUAUGAUUUCCUGUAGUACAUAUAGAUUUGCUUCAGUCCUUUUAACACACGGUAUAGUAUGUCAUUAUAUGUAUGUAACAAUUUAUUUAACUGUGUCUCUAUUGAUGGAAGUGUAGUUUGGCUGCAGUUUUUUACAUUACAAACAAUCCUCCAGUGAAUAUCCUUCUACAUAAAUUUCUGUAUACUCUUGAGAUUAUAUUUGUUAAUUACUGAAAAAUUAAUGGAGAAUGUUUUGAAUUUUGAUGGCUAUCACCAAAUUUCCCCCAAAAGUUACAUCAAUUUAUAUUCUUAUUAAUGUUGACAAAUAAUAUAUCUCUACAUUAUGGCCCAAGCUAGAUAUUUUGAAACUUUAAGAUUUUUCAAUCUAUGCCCUGGCAGGUGUGGCUCAGUUGGUUGCAUGUCAUACCAUGCACUGAAAGGUUGCUGGCUCCAUUCCCAGUAAGGGCACAUGCCCGGGUUGCAGGCUGGAUCCCCAGUAGG